AUGAAUGAAGUUGCAAGUCACCGGAAAUGGCGCGAAGCAUUGUCGCAGGAGGCGGGUAACUCGUCUCAAAUUGCGGCCCUCCCUUACAGUGACCCAUCCAAGUCUGACAUCACGAUCAACCCUGUACGCAAGCUGGGGUUCGCGCCCAUCCACAUUCACCCACAUAUUGCGAGAUCUAUGAAGGAUUAUCAGAUCAACGGCGUCCGCUUCCUUUGGAAGGCAAUAUCAUUCUCGGACUGUGAUGAAGACGACUCGCGACAGGGUGCGAUCCUCGCUCACACGAUGGGUCUCGGUAAGACGAUGCAAUCCAUUGCGUUACUCGUAGCAGUCAAGGAAGCAUCAGAGUCCGACAAUGAAGCGAUUACGAGACAGCUUCCACCUCACUUGCGGAGCGAGAGUUUCCGUGACCAGCGCCAGCUGCGCAUGCUCAUUCUCUGCCCGCCCACCUUGAUCCGUAACUGGCAGCGAGAGCUUGAUCAAUGGGCUCCCGAGGCGCUCGGCAACAUCUUCACUGUGGAGCGUGGUAAGAAGGAGGCCCGGAUUGAGGAGAUGAACACCUGGUACAGAGUUGGCGGCGUGCUGCUGAUCGGCUACGCUAAGUUCCGUGACUUUGUUUUACGAAAGGGAAGGAAAGGUAUCGACGUUGAUGGCGCCCAACUCGACAAGGUCUUGCUCGACGGACCUGAGGUUGUGAUUGCGGACGAGGUUCACAACAUCAAGAAUCGUACCUCAGACAUCGCCGUUGCCGCAAACCGGUUCAAGACCGAAACUCGCAUAGGGCUGUCUGGAACCCCCAUGUCCAACAAUGUCGUCGAGAUAUAUGCGCUAGUGUCGUGGGCCUGCCCAGGCUAUCUCUCCGAACCUACCGAAUUCCAAGCUAAUUACGUCGAGCCAAUCGAGGCAGGGUUAUACGAGGACAGCAGCGCAUAUGAAGUCCGCAAGAUGAAGAAGAAGCUGUUUGUCCUGCACCACCGCAUCGCUCCGAAAGUCGAUCGCCAGGAUAUCACAGCAUUGCGUGGCUCGCUCAAGCCAAAGAUGGAAUUCGUAAUCACCGUUCCCUUGACUGCAGUCCAGAGUGCGAUCUACAAGCGCUAUGUCGGUGCCCUACUUGGCGACAGCAAGAACGCCAAAGCCAGCCAGGUCACAAUCUUUGGCUGGCUAAACCUCUUGAUGCUGCUAACAAACCAUCCUGCAGCUUUUCGGAAGAAGCUUCUCACGCCGGUACCACCGAAGAAAGCGAAGAAAGGAAAGGAUGCUGCUCUUGCUGAACCUGCUCCAUUCGAAGAGGAUCUUUUUGCGCUUGGCUUUACUGAAGCUGUUGUCAAGGCCAUCUUGGGCGAUAUUGAUGAUGCAAUUGAUCCCGCGCACUCCGCCAAGAUGUCAAUUCUCCUCGGCAUUUUACGACUUUCGGUGAAGUGCGGCGACAAGGUUCUCAUCUUCUCAGGCUCGAUACCAACCAUACGCUUCGUUGAAGAGCUGCUCUCCAGCAACAACGUUGCUCAUGGUACCAUUGAUGGCUCGGUGCCCGCGGACACGCGCAUAGAGCUCAUAGAGAAGUUUCACCGCCAUGCCUUCGACGUUCUCAUCAUCUCCACCCGUGCCGGCGGAGUUGGCCUCAAUAUCCAGGGCGCCAAUCGUGUGGUCUUACUUGACUUCGGCUUCAACCCCACAUGGGAAGAGCAAGCCAUAGGACGUGCAUACCGACUCGGUCAGACUAAGCCAGUCUUUGUGUACAGAUUCGUAGCUGGUGGCACCUUCGAGACGAACCUUUACAACACGCAGCUCUUUAAGACGUCACUCUCGCACCGUGUAGUAGACAAGAAGAACUCCCGGCGCAAUGCCAAGCGUAGCGACACCCGUCAGUAUCUCUACCCACCUCAGCCGGUAGACCAGGAGGAACUCGCACAGUGGGUGGGCAAGGAUCCGGCAGUGCUUGAUGUGUUGCUCAAGCGGCACGUCGACGAUGGAGAAGACGUGCUGAUUCGCAAGAUCUUGACGAUGGAGACUCUGCAGGCGGAAGCGCAAGAGGAGCCGCUUAAUGAGGAAGAGACGGCGGAGGUCAACGAAGAGAUAAGGCUGGGACCUAUCAGAGGUCGCACGGCGGCACUGGCUGCUAGUCUAGGCACGAAUGUGUCCAAUGGCUUCCCUUCCACGGCUCUACCCAAUGGACCACGCCCGUCGCCUACGUUCGGUCAACCGCGCCUGCCGGUGGCGUUGAAGAUCGGCCAGCCGGCAGCCACGCAGUUUGCACGAUCACCAGCAUCGACGCAGCAGCAGCAGCAGGCACAUGGAUUUGUAUAUCCGCAUGCACCCGCUUCAACGGCACCCGCAGCACGGCGACCGUUCACGGUGCAGCAGGCUUCGCCGAGCGGAGCACCGGCGUUUCAGCCUCUGGCAGAUCCCUCCCUGUCCUCUUAA